UAUCCAGCUGACGUUUGAGGCUUAAAUAGAAUAUGCCUUCAUCCCUUUUUGUUAUAAGGGAACACCCAUUGAGCUUUUCUUAUAAGGCUGGCUCAUCUCACGUAACUUGUCAGUUGAUGCUCACAAAGGACAGAGCAGACAGCUCAACUAUUUUCAUCUUCCCCCUUGGUACUUUUUUAGUUGCCUGCAUUGACUAGUUCUAUAGCAUUCUCUGCAAAACCCGAGGGGACCAUGUCUGCCUUUGGAUACAGGAGAGAAAUAAGCAAGUAUGAAGACAUUGAUGAAGAUGAGCUACUUGCUUCACUGUCACCAGAGGAGCUCAAAGAGCUGGAAAGAGAAUUGGAGGACAUUGAACCAGACCACAAUCUUCCGGUUGGAAUGAGGCAAAAAAGUUUAACCGAGAAAUCUCCAACAGUUAACUUUAGCAGAGAAGCGCUGAUGGCAUAUUGGGAGAAAGAAACCCAAAAGUUAAUGGAGAAAGAAAUUGGUUCAAGUUCUGAGGAGGAGGAGGAAGAAGAAGAUGGAAGUGAAGAAGAUGACUUUAUAGGGAGCAACAGUGAGAUUUCUGAAGAGGUUUAUACAGAGGAAGAUGAAGAAGAAGAAGAAGUAGAAGAAGAAAAAGAAGAAGAAAAAGAAGGAGAGGAAGAUGAAGAAGUAGAAGAAGAAAAAGAAGGAGAAGAAGAAGAAGUGGGAGAGGAGGAAGAAGUCACUGAAGAAGAGGAGCAGGAAGAAGAAGAGAGCGAGAUAGAGGAUAGUGAAAAGGAAGAUACCGCAGAAAAGGAUGAUUGUGUAGAAAAAGCUGACCAAGCCAUAAAAAUUCCUAUACAGAUCCCAGUAAUAAAGUGCAAUGGAGUUGCUGUUGAAAAACCUACCUGCAAUGGAUUCAAUGCAAAUCAUGGCAAAUAUAACAGACAAUCUGAUGAAACAAUGAAUAAUAAGACAUCUACAAGUCUUGUGCUGUCAAACCCAACUGUUAUUGAGGACGUUUUGGAAAGCAUUAAAAACAAUGAUCCUGAGACUUUAGAAAUCAACCUAAAUAAUAUGGAGAACGCAAAAGCUGAUACAUUGGUGGCAUUUGCAGAAGCUCUGAAAGACAACACGAAUGUUAAAACAUUAAGCUUAGCAAACACUCAUGCUGAUGACAAUGUUGCAAUAGGUAUUGCUAAUAUGCUGAGGGUUAAUAAAAGUAUUACUUGCCUAAACAUUGAAUCAAAUUUUGUAACAGGAAAGGGAAUAUUAGCCAUCAUGCGAGCUCUUCAAUAUGCAAACAAUGUGCUGACAGAACUGCGGUUUCACAAUCAGAGACACAUCAUGGGAAGUCAGGUAGAAAUGGAAAUCGUAAAAUUGUUAAGAGACAAUACAAGUAUUGUGAAGCUGGGUUAUCAUUUUGAGCUUCCAGGUCCUCGCAUGUCUAUGACAGGAAUCCUAACACGAAAUAUGGACAAACAGAGACAAAAAAGAAUGCAAGAACAAAAGGAAUCCGGUUACGAUCCUACACCUAAGCAUUUGCAGAGAGGGACUCCAGGGUCCUCACCAUACCCUUCACCUAAAAGCUCACCAUGGUCAUCUCCAAAAGUCACUAGAAAGGUUUAUUCUACUGUUACUAUACCUCCAUCUAAAAGCUCUCCAAGAUCAUCUCCGAAUGUCACUAGAAAGGUUCAGUCUUCUGUUACUAUACCUCCACCACCACCUCCACCACCACCACCACCUCCUGCUCCACCACUACUUCCAAUAAUUCAAGAAAAAAAUAUUCCAACUAGAAAUAUAGCUGCAGUUAUAAAGCAACAUGAAAGAUCAGCCAAAAAAAUUCAAAAUGGACAGAGUAAAACAAAGGGGAAAAAAGGCAAAAGAGUACAAAAUAAUUUUUUUAAAGAAAUUAAGGAUUCAUUAAGGUCAAUUUCAGACAAGAAAAGUGAAGAAGGUUCAAGACCAUCAACACCACAAAGAUCUGCACGUGAUGAUCUCAUGGAAUCUAUAAGAGGCAGCAGUAUAAGGCAGCUUCGGAAGGUGGAAGUCCCAAAGUCACUUCGAUAAUAUUGACUGUAGAAGAGUUGAC